AUGCAGCCGGCAAUGAUGAUGUUUUCCAGUAAAUACUGGGCCAGGAGAGGGCUUUCCUUGGACUCAGCGGUGCCUGAAGAGCAUCAGCUGCUUGGCAGCUUAACUGCUUCUACCCUCUUAAAGCUAAGUAAAGCUAACUCUGGCAAAAAUGAUGAUAAAAAAGGCAACAAGGGAAACAGCAAAAGUGAAACUGCUCCAGAAAGUGGCAAGAUGGCAGUUGUCUUCUCCUUGAAGAAUGAAGUUGGUGGAUUGGUGAAAGCUCUGAAACUCUUUCAGGAAAAACAUGUCAACAUGGUUCAUAUUGAGUCCAGGAAAUCCCGGCGAAGAAGUUCGGAGGUUGAAAUCUUCGUGGACUGUGAGUGUGGCAAAACCGAAUUCAAUGAGCUCAUUCAGUUGCUGAAAUUUCAAACUACAAUUGUGACGCUGAAUCCACCGGAGAACAUUUGGACCGGAGAAGAAGAGCUAGAGGAUGUGCCUUGGUUCCCCCGGAAGAUCUCUGAGUUAGACAGAUGCUCUCAGAGAGUUCUCAUGUAUGGUUCUGAGCUUGAUGCCGAUCACCCAGGAUUUAAGGACAAUGUCUAUCGACAGAGAAGAAAGUAUUUUGUGGAUGUGGCCAUGGGUUAUAAAUAUGGUCAGCCCAUUCCCAGGGUGGAGUACACGGAGGAAGAAACCAAAACUUGGGGUGUUGUGUUCCGGGAGCUCUCCAAACUGUAUCCCACUCAUGCUUGCCGGGAGUAUUUGAAAAACUUCCCUCUGCUGACUAAAUACUGUGACUACAGGGAGGACAACGUGCCUCAGCUUGAAGAUGUCUCUGUGUUUCUAAAAGAAAGGUCUGGCUUCACCGUGAGGCCGGUGGCUGGAUACCUGAGCCCACGAGACUUCCUGGCAGGCCUGGCCUACCGAGUGUUCCACUGCACCCAGUACAUCCGGCAUGGCUCAGACCCCCUCUACACCCCAGAACCAGACACAUGUCAUGAACUCUUGGGACACGUUCCACUACUUGCGGAUCCUAAGUUUGCUCAGUUUUCACAAGAAAUAGGCCUGGCAUCUCUGGGAGCAUCAGAUGAAGAUGUUCAGAAACUAGCCACAUGCUAUUUCUUCACAAUUGAGUUUGGCCUCUGCAAACAAGAAGGGCAGCUGCGGGCCUAUGGAGCAGGACUACUUUCCUCCAUUGGAGAAUUAAAGCAUGCGCUUUCUGACAAGGCGUGUGUGAAAGCCUUUGACCCAAAGACAACUUGCUUACAGGAAUGCCUCAUUACGACCUUCCAGGAAGCCUACUUUGUUUCAGAAAGUUUUGAAGAAGCCAAAGAAAAGAUGAGGGACUUUGCUAAGUCAAUUACUCGUCCCUUCUCCGUGUACUUCAAUCCCUAUACACAGAGCAUUGACAUUCUGAAAGACACGAGAACUAUUGAAAAUGUGGUGCAGGACCUCCGCAGUGAUUUGAACACGGUGUGUGACGCCCUGAACAAAAUGAACCGCUAUCUGGGGAUUUGAUGUGUGGGACCAGUGUCGUUGCCAGCACAAUCUUUUUGGGGCUUAGCAGCAAU